UCCGCGUUCACAGAGCGCCAGAGCACGGGGGUAGAGAUAAGACUGCACGUCGUCGUCGUCGUCAUCAUCGUCACCCAGUCUCGGGCCUCGCGUCGUGUUCGUGUUGCGCGUUUGGGAAGUUCGCGUCUUGGGCGAUUUCACCCGAGACGGCGGUGAGAUGGGAUAAGCUCUCCCGAGACCCCUCCGCGUGGGGACUGUGACUCACACCGCCAUGGGACGCGAGCCACCUCCCGUGCCGGGGCUGAGGACUUGAGCCGUCUCGAGGAGGAGGAGGAAGAGGACUGGGACGAGUGUCGUGGCUUCGUACCCGUGGCGGAGGGUGCACGGCUGAACACGGCCCUUUUCCCAUCGCUCAGAUUGAUCACCACCAUCAAUCAACAACAGCAACACAACCAGCGCCAUCAGCAGCACCCGUACCACAGCCGUCAGGACCAGCAGCGGCACCAGAAUUUUGUCGGCACAACGAGCACCAACAGCAUUCAGCAGCUUCGCAAGCAAACCGGCACAACAACCACCAUCGAGCCACCACCAUCAGCAGUAGCACUUGCAACAGUAGCAACAGCAGUAUCAACAUCACCAUCAACAGCACCCUCAACAGCAGUAUCAACAUCACCAUCAACACCACCAUCAACAGCAGUAUCAACAGCAGUAUCAACACCACCAUCAACAGCAGUAGCACUUGCAACAGUAGCAACAGCAGUAUCAACACCACCAUCAACACCACCAUCAACACCACCAUCAACAGCAGUAUCAACAGCAUCAGCAUCAGCGGUGGCGACGGCGCGCAGGGCGGUGCCGAGCCAUGCUGUACUCCACCAUGCUGUACUCCACCAUGCUAUACUCCACCAUGCUGUACUCCACCGUGCUGUACUCCACCAUGCUCUACUCCACCACCGCGCAAUGCGUCAACUGCACCCCCCCGGGAGCGGCUUCCACGGAGUCCGCCGCGAGCACGCCGGGGCACCCGAGCACGCCGGGGCACCCGGGCACGCCGGGGCACCCGAGCACGCCGGGGCACCCGGGCACGGGGGGCGCGUCUCUCACGGGCGACGCGCCCGGCUCCCUGGGCCUGCAGCCCCCGCUGCGCGUCCGCACCGAUCUAUGGAGGGUGGCGCUGCAGCUGCUCAUGGUCGUCAUGUGUCUGGCGGCUGUCGCAGGCAACCUGCUCGUCGUGGUGAUCAUCGCCGUCACCAAGCAGUUCCACUCGGUCACCUCGGUCUUCCUCGUCAACCUGGCCGUGAGCGACUUCUUGGUGGGCGUCGGGGUGAUGCCGUUCGUGGCCAUGUCCGUCGUCUACGACGGCUGGGUUCUACAGCAGGGGCUGUGCCUCUACGUGGGCUACACCUGCACCCUCUACUGCACCGCGUCGGUGCUCACGCUCGCAGCGAUCGCCCUCGACCGCUACCGCGCGAUCAUCGACUGCUUCAACUACAGCUCGCAGGCCAACGUGCGGAGAACCGUGGGCACCGUGGGAUGGAUCUGGGUGCAGGCCGCCUUGUCCAGUAGCCCGCCCGCCCUCGGCUGGGGCCGCUUCGCCUACAGCUCGUGGGCGUUCCGGUGCGCCGUGGACAGCGCCAGCAGCCCCGGCUACACGGUGUUCGCGGCCGCCUGCUCAUUCGCGCUGCCCGCCUGCGUCAUGAUCUUCUGCUACGUGCGCAUCGUACAGGUGGCUCGUGACCACGCGCGCAGGAUCCACGACAUCGAGACGCAGCUGCAGCGCAACGGCAAGAAGAAGAGCGACGAGUGCGAGAAGGAGGAGCAGACUCGCAGGAAGAGGAGGAGCAAGCACAAGCACAAGAAGAAGAAGGUGGUGGUGCAGCAGGAGGUGCAGGAGGAGGCGUUGCGCGGAUCCGCGCAGCCCAUCGCCGGCAUCCCCACCACCAACUCCCUCCCCGGAGAACAUUUCUCCGGCACGGCCGCGAACCUCAGCGUGCCCUCCUUCUCCUCGACCGGCUACAACUCCUCCUCCACCACCUCCUCCUCCUCCUCGUCAUCCGCCUCGUCCUCGUUCGAGCACCCGGCGGCUCGCGUGUUCGCGGAGCCGCACUCGGAGGAGACCCCCAGCGGCUCGGAGCCGGCGACUCGCGCGCGGAGCCGGCGCCACGACCUCUUCGCGCGCUACAACGCGCCGGGCCGCGAGCACCACGGCGCCUUCCGUCUCUUCCUCGUCAUCUUCGCCUUCUUCUGCUGCUGGCUGCCCUACGAGGUGGUGAGCCUGGCGCUGGCGGUGCGGCCCGCGGCGGGCGUCCCCUACACGGUGCUGACCCUCGCCUCGUGGCUCGCACUGCUCAACUCGGCCGUGAACCCGCUGCUCUACGCGCUGCUCAGCAAGAGGUUCCGCAAGGCGCUGGGCAGCCUGCGGCAGCGCCUGGCGGCCAGGCUGAGCCUCGUGGUGGGCGGAGACCGCGUCCACUCCUCGCCGUUUGCGGUGAGCAACGCGACGAACAACCAUCAUCAUCAGCAGCAGCAGCGUGAACUUUCGCAGCAGCAGAAGCAGCAUCACGUGCACCAUCAGCAGACUUUUCAGCAGCUGAGCUUACAGCAUCAUCAGCAUCAUCUUAACAACAAUCAUCAGCUUCAACAGGAUGAGCAUCAUGCUUUUGAUCUGCGCAAUCAUCAUCUCAAUAAUCAUCAUAAUCACGAUCAUCUUCAGCAGUUGCAGCAGCAGCAGGCGAACAAGGGCUGCUGCAGGAGGCAGAGCGGGAACGGGAACGGAGCCGGUGCCCUCCCAAUGUCCGUGCUCUCGGAGGCCGCGGGGGAGCUGAGGUGCGCCCCUCACGGCCGCUCCUACUCCCUCUUCUCCAUUGCGUCUCUCGCCGACACGGGCACCGCCACGCCGGGAAUCUCUCCCAUCUUCCACCAACUGGACCCCCCAGCGCACCAGCUGCGCUUCUCCGGGCUGCAGCAAGAGGCGCAGCUGCCGCGUGCCUCCGCCGUGGGGCCACGCGGGUGCGAGCACUCGGACGAAGUGUUACUCAAUCCUCUGGAGCUCGAGACGUGCCUGGAGGAGGAGCAGCAGCAGCAGCACGUGACGCUGGAGGUGCCAGUGCUGCCUUCUCAGCCUCUGACUAAUGCACAGCAGCAGCAGCUAGAGCACAGGACGGCGGACGAGGAAGCCACCAUCGCCACAACUCCCUCCUCCUCGACCUCUUCCUCGCCUUGCGCAGGCUCCACCUUUACGUUUGGGAAGAUCACGGUGGAGGUCGAUGACUGUGAAACGCGACAUUAGCGGAUUCUUCAUAUCGCACUGUUUCAGAUUUGUUUUUUGUUGUUCGGCGUAAGUGUCUCCCUGUUCAAAGUGAGCACUGGGCAGUUGCUCAAUCUGCCUUGCGGACCCAAGGCCGGUGGCCGAGACGUUCCUACGGCGAAUAGACCGGACGGUCGUCAAUACAACCGCCGUUGUUGGCUUCCAAUACAGUUGUAUUUAUUUUAGCGACCGCGAAGGCUUGGAAGGAUUGAUUGGACCACCUCGACGGGGAUGCGAACUCGGUUCCGUUCAAAGUCGCGGCCACUUUGUAGCCUCUGCCAGCCAGUCGCGUGCCACACACGCGGUGUGCAGCGAUAGGCGAUGGGCGCUUACAUGGAUUGAAAUAAGACGCGUAUUCUCACGAUACAUGCGUGGAAGCGCGCGCGUAAGAAUCGAAUGUGGAACGAUCGAUUCAAACCGAUGUGGUUUUAUUUUACGUUCGUGAUACCACCAGCGUGCAUCGAGGGGUUCGCGUUACGGAUCGAUCAUUUACAAUGAUUGGUGCCGACUAAAGAGAGAUCGCAAAGGCGACGAACGGUACUGACGGGCACGGUGCAGUAGAGACAAAGGAGCGUACGUGCGUUGAACUUCUUUCGCACCGUACGUAGCCAACCGCGCCAAUCGUAGGCGCGGCACAGACGGGGCGGGCGAGACAGACGGCGAGACGGCAGCUACAGACAGACGCAGGCAGUGGACACUGGUCGGUGCAGUCGGAGUCACGAACAAGGCACGGCCAUCGAUUGUGUUCUUGAA